CAGUAGUCUCCAAGCAGGAAUAGAUUUGUAAUAAUGGGUUGUAAUCAGCUUUCCUUCUAAGGAAAAGCUGAGAACCCUCUCAUUUUACUUCAUGAAAAGUAAGCUAUGAGGCAACUUUUGGCAAACAUCUAUUAACUGGGAGAAAUGGGCCUCUGGCCAUAGAUUUUACUUCAGCUGCGUCUUUCCAGCACAACCAGUUCCUUCCUCUGCAGCUGAUUGGCUCUGGAAUGUGGCCAGAAACCUACUUCCUGCAAUUAGAGUCAGGCCUCUAACUGUUGAUCUGUUUUCUUCUCUUCUGAGUGAUGGCGCUUACCAUUUUUAUCCUCCGGCUGGCCGUCUGCAUCCUGGCAUUUCCCAUGUACCUGCUAGACUUUCUGGGCUUGUGGAACUGGAUAUGCAAAAAAUCACUCCCCUACUUCUUGGCAAGGUUCACUGUGAUGUACAACGAACAGAUGGCGAGCAAGAAGCAGGAGCUCUUCAGCAAUCUACAGGAGUUCGCAGGCCCCUCCGGGAAGCUCUCCCUGCUGGAGCUGGGCUGUGGCACAGGGCCCAACUUCAAGUUCUACCCGCCUGGAUGCCAGGUGACCUGUAUUGAUCCCAACCCCAACUUUGAGAAGUUCCUGAUCAAGAGCAUUGCUGAGAACCGACACCUGCAGUUUGAGCGCUUCCUGGUGGCUGCCGGGGAGGACCUGCACCAGGUGGCCGACGACUCCAUGGAUGUGGUGGUCUGCACACUGGUCCUGUGCUCUGUGAAGAACCAGGAGCGGAUCCUCCAGGAAGUGUGCAGAGUGCUGAGGCCGGGAGGAGCUUUUUAUUUCAUGGAGCAUGUAGCAGCUAAGCCUUCAACCUGGAAUUACUUCUGGCAACAGGUCCUGAAUCCUGUCUGGUACCUUCUGUUUGAUGGGUGCAACCUGACCAGAGAGAGCUGGAAGGCCCUGGAGUGGGCCCGCUUCUCCAAGCUGAAGCUGCAGCACUUACAGGCCCCCCUGUCCUGGGAGCUCCUGCGCCCUCACAUCUACGGAUAUGCUGUGAAAUAGGAGUUGAGACCUGAAGAGCUCGAAUAAUUUAAGGUUUUGGUUUUACACUUAAAAUACUAAUUGGGGGACUUCCCUCGUGGUGCAGUGGUUGAGAGUCUGCCUGCCAAUGUGGGGACCACGGGUUCAAUGCCUGGUCCAGAAGGAUCCCGCAUGCUGUGGGGCAACUAAGCCUGUGCGCCACAGCUGUUGAGCCUGUGCUCUGGAGCCCACGAGCCACAACUACUGAGGCCACAUGAUACAACUGCUGAGGCCUGCGUACCUAGAGUACCUACAGCAAAGAGUAGCCCCUGCUCGCCACAGCUAGAGAGGGCCCGCACACAGCAACAAAGACGCAACACAGCCACACACACACACACACACAAAAACUAAUUGGGAGAAGGGAACGUCCUUUUUUAGGUAAAUUUGAAUUUCAUUGCUAAAAGUUUAUGUUAUAACCUAUUUAGCUAUUUUCUAUUGUCUCACAAAGAAUCAAAAACAAAAAACAAAACAAAACAGCUUUGAACUCUCCCUUAAAGGAAACAAUGGGCUUUCAUAAUUGAAGUCCACCAUUAUCCUCAAACCUUACUUUAUUCAGUAACUUCAAAUUUUUUCUGUCUUAUUUGAAUUAUUACCCAACAGAUUUUAAUUUUACCCUCUCUUUGAGAGGUUGAUGCUAAUUAGCAGUUAAAUCACUAAAAAGAAGACUUUGAAGAGGGAGACGUGAAAAGAUCUUUUUUUUUCAUUCAUUCAUUUAUUUAUUUAUCUUUCGCUGCGUUGGGUCUUUGUUGCUGUGUGUGGGUUUUCUCUAGUUGCGGCACAUGGGCUUCUCAUUGUGGUGGCUUCUCUUGUUGUGAAGCACAAGCUCUAGGUGCACGGGCUUCAGGAGUUGUGGCUCACAGGCUCUAGAGCACAGGCUCAGUAGUUGUGGCGCACAGGCUUAGUUGCUCCGCGGCAUGUGGGAUCUUCCCAGACCAGGGCUCGAAUCCAUGUCCCCUGCAUUGGGAGGCGGAUUCUUAACCACUGCGUCACCAGGGAAGUCCCAAAAAAAUCUUAAUAAUUCACAAACUAAAUAAAGAAAUACUAACUAGUUGAAAACUCCAAAGCUAAGCAGCACAGAUUUUUUUUUUAAAAGAAAUCUGAAUCUAUUUGUUGUCCUUAGUAUCACUGGGCUGGCUUUCAAAAUUAAUGUACCAGGAUGCCACACCUAGUUCUGCCCAGCUUUGUUAUGUUUUUUAUUCUGGUAUUCCACCAGAGUUUGUUUCCCUGCAUUCCAGUCUUCAAUUCUUAAGAUGAAGAUUGUACUUGACACUUCAGUAUAUCCAUAAAACUAUAUGAAGCAGUUAGAGUUCUUGGGUUCAUUUUCCUUAUUAUCUAAUGUAUACUUUGCUGAAUGUAGUAAAUUGCAGGCAAAGAAAAGGCCCACUGUAAUUAGAGAAACCUUGAAUAAUUAGAUACGCUUUGUAAGAGCCGCCUCAAAAUAGGCAAGCUGUGAGUCUGUAAAGAGGUAGAUAAAUACUGUUUGGAUUAUUCUGAUCAAAUUUCCACUCUGGUCUCAAGAUGAUUUCUUUGUUCCCUGUAACCAUGGAAACCUUGGAAAAUCAUCACAAGUGUUUUGAAAACAAGUUGGUCAAUAAGAGGACUUAGAAUUUUCAGCAAUAGUCUGUAUGCAUUUUAAUAAAUUUAGAAUAUUUUCUGAGAUGAUUUUGCAAAGAGACUAAAUAUCAAAUCAAUCAAUAAAUUCACAUACAUUUUAGGAAUGGAAAUAAAAUUAAUGGUUUAUAUCUUU